AGGGCAGGCGCCUUCCCACGGGACUCCAACCCGGAACUAGUCUCGGCUCCCUUGGGAAGGCCGCGGCCCCUGUCCAGGAGCCGGAGCCUGACCCGUGAGUGCGGGCCACGGGUCCAGGCCUUGGACAGAGGGACACCCUCGUUCUCGGAGGCACCAGACCAGGCGCUUCCUUGGCCGGACGUUGGACGGUCUGGAAACUACAGGCGCUCCUGCUCCGGCUGGACCAUGGCGCCCCCGCGGAACGUGGUGAAGAUCGCGGUCCAGAAGCCUGACGCCAUCCCGCAGCUCAUCCGACUGGACCAGGCAAAGCCCCUGGCCGCCGUUGUGAAGGAGGUGUGCGACGCGUGGAGCUUGAGUCACUCGGAACGCUAUGCCUUGCAGUUUGCUGAUGGGCAUAGGAGAUACAUCACUGAGAACAACCGCACAGAGAUCAAGAAUGGCAGCAUCCUGUGCCUCAGCACUGCCCCAGACCUUGAGGCUGAGCGGCUGUUGAGUGGGCUGCAGAGUGGGAGUCGUGAAAGGCGUCGGGAAACUCUGCAGCACCUUGUCUUGCUGGCCCCAGAUGUGACCUUUGCCCAGGAGGUCAUCAGCCGUGAUGGGCUUCAGAGACUAGGCACUAUCAUCGAGGAUGGGGAUGACUUAGGGGAGGUGCUGACCCUCACGCUGAGGGCCUUCUUGGAGCUCAUGGAACAUGGCAUGGUGUCCUGGGAGACGCUCAGCAUCCCCUUUAUUAGGAAGGUGGUGUCCUAUGUGAACAUGAACCUGAUGGAUGCAUCUGUGCAGCCUCUGGCCCUCAGGCUGCUAGAGAGUGUGACCUUGAGCAGCCCUGCCCUGGGCCAGCUGGUCAAGAGUGAGGUGCCACUGGAUAGGCUGCUGGUGCACCUACAGGUGAUGAACCAGCAGCUACAGACCAAGGCUAUGGCAUUGCUGACAGCCUUGCUACAGGGGGCCAGCCCCACUGAACGUAAGCACAUGCUUGACUACCUGUGGCAGAGAAACCUCCGCCAGUUCAUCUAUAAGAAUAUCAUCCACAGCGCAACACCACUGGGUGACGAGAUGGCUCACCAUUUGUAUGUACUUCAGGCCCUUACAUUGGGGCUGCUGGAGCCACGCAUGCGGACGCCACUGGACCCCUACAGCCCAGAACAGCGGGAGCAGCUGCAGGCCCUCCGCCAGGCUGCCUUUGAGUCGGAGGGGGAAUCGCUGGGUGCUGGGCUAAGUGCCGACCGUCGCCGUUCCCUCUGUGCCCGCGAGUUCCGAAAACUGGGCUUUUCCAACAGCAACCCCGCGCAGGAUUUAGAGCGCGUGCCCCCUGGCCUGCUGGCCCUGGACAACAUGCUCUACUUCUCUAGACACGCACCUAGUGCCUACAGCCGGUUUGUGUUGGAGAACAGCAGCCGUGAGGACAAGCACGAGUGCCCCUUUGCCCGGAGCAGCAUCCAGCUAACUGUGCUGCUGUGUGAGCUGCUCCGCGUUGGGGAGCCCUGCUCCGAAACAGCCCAGGACUUUUCACCCAUGUUCUUUGGCCAAGACCAGAGUUUCCAUGAGCUCUUCUGUGUGAGCAUCCAGCUGUUGAAUAAGACCUGGAAGGAGAUGCGAGCCACCCAAGAGGAUUUUGACAAGGUCAUACAAGUGGUGCGGGAGCAGCUGGCCCGCACUCUGGCCCUGAAGCCCAGCUCCCUGGAGCUUUUCCGAACCAAGGUGAAUGCACUCCCCUAUGGGGAGGUGCUGCGGCUGAGGCAGACAGAGCGGCUCCAUCAGGAAGGCACGCUGGCCCCUCCCAUACUGGAGCUACGGGAGAAGCUGAAGCCAGAGCUCAUGGGCCUGAUCCGCCAGCAGCGUUUGCUCCGCCUCUGUGAGGGGACACUCUUCCGCAAGAUCAGCAGCCGGAGGCGCCAGGACAAACUGUGGUUCUGCUGCCUGUCCCCCAACCACAAGGUGCUGCAGUAUGGGGAUGUGGAGGAGGGUGCCAGCCCGCCCACCCUGGAGAGCCUGCCUGAGCAGCUCCCUGUGGCCGAUAUCAAGGCACUGCUAACAGGGAAAGACUGUCCCCAUGUCCGGGAGAAGGGCUCAGGGAAACAGAACAAGGAUCUCUAUGAGUUAGCCUUCUCAGUCAGCUAUGACCACGGGGAGGAGGAGGCAUACCUCAACUUCAUCGCCCCAUCCAAACGGGAGUUCCACCUGUGGACAGAUGGGCUGAGUGCCCUGCUAGGCAGUCCCAUGGGCAGCGAGCAGACUCGGCUGGACCUGGAACAGCUGCUGACAAUGGAAACCAAACUGCGGUUGUUGGAGCUGGAGAACGUGCCCAUUCCCGAACAGCCACCUCCCAUCCCUCCACCCCCCACCAAUUUCAACUUUUGCUACGACUGCAGCAUCACGGAACCCUGACAGUGAGAUUGGCUGUGGGCCACAGCUGCUGGCAUUGGGGACCAUGAAGGGCGGAGGGUGGAGGAGCCCAGACACCCUGACCAGCAAGAGGCUGCCGCAAAAAUAAAGUCCACUUGACUCUUG